GCUUUCAUUUUCUUUAGGACCUACCUUCCCCCUUGUAGGCUUUAACUCCCUUUUGUGAGAAUGUGAAACAUGUCCCUGGUUCUGAAAUGACAACCAAAGGAGAGCCCAGGAAAGGGCAUUCUUCUCUGACUCUGUCAUUCCAGAGCUGAACCAGCUCAUCUUUCUUGUCACAGAUCCCAGCAUGGUCAGUGCCUACAUGUACCCAACAGGUGCCCCUGCGGCACAAGCAGCCCCACAGGCCCAGGCGGGGCCCACCACCAGCCCUGCCUACUCUUCCUACCAGCCCACUCCAACCCCAGGCUACCAGACUGUGGCUUCUCAGGCUCCGCAGAGCCUCCCAGCCAUCUCCCAGCCUCCACAGACCAGCACCAUAGGCUACAUGGGGAGCCAGCCAAUGUCCAUGGGUUACCAGCCGUACAACAUGCAGAGUCUCAUGACCACCCUUCCAGGCCAGGAUGCAUCUCUGCCAGCCCAGCAGGCCUACAUCGCAGGGCAGCAGCCCAUGUACCAGCAGAUGCCACCCUCUGCUGGCCCUCCCCAGCAGCAGCCCCCUGUGGCCCAGCCACCACCUACACAGGGACCGCCAGCACCGGGCAGUGAAGCCCAGCUCAUCUCAUUCGACUGACCUUGAGUCUAGCACUCACCAUCCAGAGUAACACUACGGUUCACCAGAAACCAAUUAUGUGUCUAAGUAGCCAUCUCUUCCCCCAUUACUGCCCUAUAGUCUCCAUUCUCCUGUGAGCAAGGAGUGGCCCUUCACCCUUGACCCUCUCCCAUGUCCUCAGUGGUCUGGUUCCUGUCACUGGUUCCCUGCUUUGAUCCUGAUGCAGUCUGACUUUUCCCAAGGCUGGGACUCUGCAGGGCAAGUAGGACCUUCUCUGGGGAGUAUCCAGCUCUGUGUUGGGCCUGCCUCAGGUGACUGCUGUGGGGAUGCUUAGCCUGUCCCAGAGAGCCCUAUGUGAACUGUGUGGUAUCCAGGCAUGGCUCUGGUACUCUGAAAGAAACAUUUGCUCCAGCACAGCACAGGUGGAGGCUUCAGGCAUCUCUAGCUUCCCUGCUCCUCAGUUGUCAUCUCUCCAGUGCAGAACAGUGAUAAUAAAGUGUAUUUCAAAAGCUGU